AUGUCCAACUAUCACUUCUUCCCUAUGCAAUACGAACCCAUCGAAGGAGAAAACCUCAGAGUCAAGGUGGAUAUCGACCAUUCAACUUUUUCCGUCAACCUCAAGAAGUUGGACAUCACCCAGAUGUCCUUACACAAGUGUGUGGACUUCGCACAGACUCUCCUUGACGAUGUGACUCUUGAAGUCGGCCGGAACGAUGACGAGCUCCUCGGUAGAUCCCUCAACAAGUUUUGGUCAAAGGCUCUCCCUCCUCUCGAACAACAAGUUUGGGAAGCGCUCCCAAACUACAUGGACAUGGACGAGGAAUCCGUUGAGAACUGUAAAAACAAAGUCCGCGACUGGAUCCUGACCAAAUGUACUGAAGAAGACGCGGCUGCAGUUUUAAAUCAGCUCCGUACCUGGAGAAAGCCAAGAUCGGCGACAAUCAUGGACAAUCAGAUGUACAUGAAGAAGUUAAACUCUGCAAUCCCUUACAUGUCUGAAUCUCUUGACCCUCUUGACAAAGAAGAAUUCAAGAGAGUUUUCUUCAAUGCUCACCCCAAGCCUUGGAAGGACGCCUUCCUGGAGAUCAACGGUACCAUCGACAGCCAUUCUGUUGCCAGCAUCACUUCCUACAUGCAACGCAAGGCUCGACAAGCACACGACAAGGAAUUGAAGAAUCAACUCCACCAGAAGAUCAAAUCCAAAAAGAAGAAACGCACGGCUGGUGUCCAUCAUAGGGACGAUUCGAAACCUUUCAAGAAAUCUUGUACCGACCCAGAGGAAAACAAGAUGGACAAAGACGAGUACCACAAGCGCGUGGCGGAACUUGCAAAGAGAGCCAAGCCGACCAAAAUUUGCUUGCUCAAGCCCAGUCAUAAGAAUCACACUAUCUCCAAGUAUAAGCCGGAUGAUGAUUCGACCACCUCUAAGGAGACCGACUCAUCCAACAAGAAUGAUGCGUUCUACAUGAACAAUGAAUCUUACUAUGUCCCAGCUUUCUCUCACCACAUUGAUUUCUGUUGCUUCGACAGCCUGUUUGAUCCUGGAUCAGAUGAAUCUUACAUCCAUCGUAGAAUGUUGCCCACUGGAAUCAAUGGAAAAACCGUGAAGAAAAAAAUUGGAACGAUAAGCGGCAAACAAUCUUUGACCAAGCAAGUCAUAAACAUUGAGGGAAUCGUUUUCCCUGAAUUUUCUCCCACGCAACAAGUGGAAUCCACGUUUGAAACAAUUGUUUUUGAUUCAGACGCGAGGUACGAUAUGAUUAUUGGAAAUAAUAUUUUGCUUCCCCUUGGAAUCGAUUGUUGCGGAUCUACCAAAACAAUCAAAUGGAUGGACAAACACAUCCCUUAUAAGCCGCCCGAAUCUUGCCUCAGUCCUCAAACUACUGAUCCAAACGAAGAUACAUCCAUGUUGAUGGCGCAAUUGAUGGCAACCCAUUGCUAUCACUCAGACCCUGAUGAAAGUCUCAAUGAACACAUUGAGCAACAGAUAUCUCAUUCCUUUAAUAUUGCAGAAUCCAAAUAUGAUUUAGUUCCCUUGGAACAUGUUGCCAAGCAACAACAACAUCUAAAUGGUCCUAAAGCACACCUCAAGCUUCUCCCAACACAAUUAUUACAACCCACCAUCCAAUGGUAUCACGCUGCUCUCAGCCACCCGGGCUCCACGCGCCUCAAGGAUACCAUGCGCAUCCAUUUUCACAAUCCAAAGUUAUCUAAUGUUAUUGAAGACUUUACCUCAAAAUGCGACACAUGUCAACGACACAAGGCUGUCGGUAGAGGCCACGGCCACACUGCUCCCAAGGAAGCUCCACUCAUCCCCUGGCAACAACUCGCAGUUGAUCUCAUUGGUCCUUGGACACUCAUGGUGGCAGGACAAGAGAUCGAGUUCAGAGCCUUGACAAUCAUUGACCUAGUGACCAACUUGGUCGAAAUUGUGCGCAUUAAGGACAAAACGUGUGCAAACGUAACGCUUCAGUUGUUAGAAGUAAGCGAUCCACUGCCGCCUGCAAUCUACCUGUUCAAUUGA